AUGGACAACAAGAAGGCCAGCGCCUACAGGGAGGAUUGGCAGAGCCGGCGGCGAAUCGACGCUUGCGGACGUUGGCGCUACUCCAAGUUUCCACCUGGCAAACAUGUUCCGCCUGGAAAGACAAGGAGGCUGGCGAGGAGGUCCAGGAUGAUGCCCCAGUCAUGCCAAGACACUCGCCACGACACUCGCCUGGCAGACUCAUCACCCAAGCGCACGUGGGAGAGACACCUCACCCAGUCGUACAGGGGCUUUGGAGCUGAGGGUACCCAGCUUGAUAUUCCCACAGCAUAUUUGGAACGCACUGUCUAA